UCACAUUUUGGAUCUUCAUCUUAAACGCUGUCCAUCUUAACAAAGGUCGAUCUGAGAGAGAGAGAGCCUUCUGGCUUCUUCCUUGAAUGUUUAUUAGUGGAUGAGUUUCCACCCCACAAAUAUGGCCUGAAGAUAACUCCCAUCCAAUACGGAUAUCCAAUCUUUUCCUUUCCUUGUCCUUUGAGUUCUUCAUAUCCAUUCGCACACAUCCAUCUUCAGUAUUUUUUUAUGAAGAAAUUGUUCUUGGGUCAUGUCCUGUCCUUCACACAGCAAUGAAGACGCCAAUCUUGAAAUACUUCGAUUCUCUAUCAGGUUACUUAUUUUUUGGUAUUUACCUCACUAGUCCCGACAAGUUUCUUCUUCACCUGUUUUGUGUCUCGUCACACAAUUAGUGAUUUGAAAGAUGGGAUCAAAUUCAAAAUAGACUGUUUGUCAAAUAUAUCACAACAUCCCAAAUAUGCAUUCCCUGUAGGAAGUAAUUAUUAAACUGCUAAAAUCACACAAUCUGUAUGAGUGAGAUUACCAAAAAAAUGACUGUCAACUUUAUUUAUAUAGCAGUUUAAAAACGGCUACAGCUGAACCAAAGUUCUGUACAUAAACAACUGACAGUUGACUGGAAAUGCUGAAAGAAAACCUGCAAAUUUGUACUCCAUGAUACUUGAAUACUAAAAAUAAUCACCGUACUGCAACAGAAAGGCUCUUUUGAGAUUAAUUUAUUAUGUUUAAGUUAAAUGUAUUUGUGUUAUUUUAAAGAAAUACUCUGGGAUUGCAGAGAAAUGUUAAUACAACGUUAGAACUGAUCCUACAUGUGAAUAAUGUUCUGGGGGAAGGAGGAUUAUAAAUUACAUGUCUGCUCAUUGAUUGUAAUGUUCCAGAAGUUUUCAUUGCAGCUUCACAGGUCUACAAACACAGAUGUUCCACACAAGCCGUGCUUUGUUCCCAGUUUGUGUUUGGCGUUCAGGAUGACCUGUCCUCAUCUCACACGCCACGUCUCACCUCUGUCUUCUUCCCUGACGCUUCUGUCUGCAGGGAACACAGCUCGCUGUCUCUCCACAGCUCGCCGUCAUGUCUCACAACUACCCGUACAGAUUCCCGCCAUCUCAAACUGACACGAGGCCCCAUCGUGGAACCAGUGACCCCAAAGAUUCCCGCCAACCCUCAGGGAGCGCUUAUAUACCGCUUCAGGACUCGUACUGCCCAUCAUACUCGUCCCCGACAUCCUCUUCCUCGUCCAGGAGCUCGGUCGUGCCGCAGGACAACGUCCUGAACCUCCUGAGCAGCUGCGGCCUGGAGCCUGAGGAUCUGGCUCGACUCGCCGAGCUGCCCGAAGACGCUCUGACUGUCGAGUCGCUCCCACACAUCCUCCAACAGAUGAAGGGGAAGAAAGGGGUGGUCAAACCUUGCCCCUCCCCCUCCGCCGCCGCCUCCUCCUCCUCCACCGCCUCCUUCCAUUCCAGCUCUACCAGCCAGCCGGCUGUAGACUGGGAGCAGCUCCGCAGCCAGCCGGUUCAGUACCCGCUCAUCUCUUCCACCCGCCUCCCAUCUGAGAAGGGCCAGGAGUACUGGGGGCCUCCCAGGACCAGCAGCUCUGUCAGGACAGACCCUCCAUCAUCUUCAUUGUCCUCAUCAGGAUACAUGGUGGACACGGACAUUAGAUCAGGCCCCCCUAACUAUGGUAAGACUGAUCCAGUCCCAUCUUUCAGCGCAGGAGCACAAAGACCCGGUUCGUCUCAUAUCUCUGAUUCCGGACCAGCUGUUCUUCAGGCACCUGCCCAUUAUCCUCCUCAUCUUCUUCCACAACCUAUUAACAAACAUGGCAGGCAUCGCCAGAAUACCGGGGACUCUUCCAGCAGGAUCAGCCAGCCCUCCUUCUCCUCCUCCUCUUCCUCCUCCUCCUCCUCCUCCACCACCACCAUCCCCUCCAUGAAACAAGCUCAGGACUUCCACGGGACGCUCCCAUUGUUAUUCCCGUACGCGUGCUCUCUGUGUGAUAUCACUGUCCUGUCGGAGAAGGUUUGGAUUCAGCACAUCAACAGCACGCAGCAUGCAGACGGACAGCUCAAGCUGCUGCAGGAGUUUCCAAAGUGGGACUGUCGGAUUCCGACGGGCAACAGGGAUGAUGACCAAUCACAGAGCCAGAAGAAGAAAAGAAACCCCGCCCCCGCCGCACACACAGCCAAGCAGAGUCGAGCUGCGGCUCAGUCCAACAACGCUUCCCAGAAGAAGAUGCCUGAUAAAGGGAAGGUGGUGUGUGUGAAGUUUCCUCCUCAGUCUGUGGAUGAGGCGUAUCUGCGGAAACUGAUCGAACCGUUCGGGAAGAUUGUGAAGAUCCUCAUGUUUCCUUCCUUAGCGUUUGUGGAGCUGGGAUCCGACGAUCAGGCCAAAGACCUGGUCAAGUUUCACGUCAACUAUCCCCCAACUGUGAACGGAUCGCAGAUCGAGUUCAGCAUCUCCAGCACGUUCAACUUCCUCCAGAGUGCUCAGGUGGUGAGUUUCACUCCGGUGCCUGCAGGAGCGGACGGACGCUCGGACCUGAUCAGCAUCGUGAAACGCUUCGGCGUGCCGCUCUACACGCUGUUCCUGCCCUCCAAGGCGUUCGUGGAGAUGACGACCCUCAGUGAGGCUCAGAAGCUGGUGGAUUACUAUUCGUCCAACGUGCUGAGGAUCAGCGACGCCUCCAUCAAAGUGUCCUUCUCCGUGGAAUACAGGAGCCUGGCGCGGGUCUCAUCAGCCAAGAAAUACGAAGAACCACCACCGCCCAGACCCACCAAGAGGGCGAGGAGCAGGACCAGAUCCAGGUCCAGAGACAGAAGGACCAGAACACGGUCCAAGUCCAGAGAGAGAAGGACCAGGUCCAGAUCCACAGACAGGUUCAACAGAGAGAAAAGGACCAGAAGCAGGUCCAGGUCCAGAGAGGAACCCCAAAGAUAUAAACAAAACAGAACCCGGUCCAGGUCCAGAGACAGGUUCAACAGAGAGAGAAGGACCAGGUCCAGGUCCAGAGACAGGUUCAACAGAGAGAGAAGGACCAGGUCCAGGACCAGAUCAAGGUCUAAAUCCAGGUCCAAGGAUAAAACCAUCAGCUCAUCCAAGACAGAGACCAAGUCCGGAUCCAAAGCAGCCUCUGUGCAAAGAAAAAAAACUGAUGAACCAGCCCCCGUUGGAGAAUCCAAGCCUGAACCCGCCGACAGCGUGUUGAAGGAAGAGGAGGAGGAGGAGGAGGAGGAUGAUGAAGGGAUGUCUGUUGACGACAGCGACAUCGAGGGCAUGGAGGUGAUCGGGGGGGAGGUGGAGGAUGAAGACGCCGAAGAGGAGGAGGAGGAAGAGGAGGAGGAGAAGGAGGAGGCUGAGGAACCAAAUAGUCCGGCUGAGAAAAGUCAGUCUCCUGAGCACGACGAGACGAAGAAGAAGGAGGGAGAAGAGCCUGACGCUCAGGAGGAAACUGAGGCAGAGGAGGAGAAAGUAGAACCGCAGGAGGCGUCAGAGAGUCAGCUGGAGGAGGAGGAUGAGGAGAAGGAAGAGGAGGAGGCCUUCCCGGUGGAUCUGGAGAACUGCAUCACUCUGGACGAGCUGGGGGAGGACGACUGCGCCGAGUCAGGUGAAGAAGCUCCGGCGGGCCAGGAGUCUCCGCCGGCCUCCAGCAGAGUCGUCUACAUCAGCGACCUGCCGCUGAGGUUCUACUCUGAUGCAGACUUCCUGGGCGUGGUGCGAGGGUUUGGGACGGCGGUGCGUUACCUGCUGAUCCGCAGACGGCGAGAGGGUUUCGUGGAGAUGUCGACUCCUUCAGAGGCCAGUAAAGCUGCCAGAGAGCUCAGCUCCAGACCCACCUUUCUCAACAAGUCCAGACUCAAAGUCCUCGUCUCCCACAAAUAUAAGAGACUGACCAACGGAUGGACUGUGGAACCAGAGGAGAACAGCGAGAGGAGGAGCAGCAGGAGGACGAGGAGGAGGAAGACGUCCAAGACCCCGGACAGGGAGUCCAGGAGGGAACCGGCAGGGAGGAAGAGUCCAGAACAGGAGGCCAGGAACGCUUUGGAGGAAGAACCUGCUUCCAGAGAGAAGACAGACCUCAAAGAAACCCCAGAGGAGACGCAAACCCAGAGUCCUCAAGAGGAGACACAACGAAGACCCGAGAGUCCUCAAGAGGAGACACAUCCGAGAACCGAGAGUCCUCAAGAGGAGACAGAACGAAGAACCGAGAGUCCUCAAGAGGAGACACAUCCGAGAACCAAGAGUCCUCAAGAGGAGACACAACGAAGCACCAAGAGUCCUCAACAGGAGACACAACGAAGAACCGAGAGUCCUCAAGAGACACGAACCGAGAGUCCUCAAGAGGAGACACAACGAAGACCCGAGAGUCCUCAAGAGGAGACACAUCCGAGAACCAAGAGUCCUCAAGAGGAGACACAACGAAGCACCAAGAGUCCUCAACAGGAGACACAACGAAGAACCGAGAGUCCUCAAGAGACACGAACCGAGAGUCCUCAAGAGGAGACACAACAGAGAACCGAGAGUCCUCAAGAGGAGACACGACAACGAACUGAGAUUCUUCAAGAGGAGACAAAGAUUCCUGAAGAGGAGGUGCCACAAAUAAACGGCACUCCUGAAGCAGAGAUGAAAGGAGGAGGAGGUCUGGGGUCCCAGAGCGGGAAAGAGGAGUCUGAGUCUCAAACUGAACUGACAUCAGCAGAAAAUCCUGCUGAAGCUGAAAAGAAAGAUGAUUGUAAAGAAAAUGAAGAAAAAACCUUGGAUCAAGAGCUGCCAGACGGUUUAAAGGACGCAGAAUUAAAGUCGGCUCAAGCAGAAGGUGAAGAGGACUCGAAUGCAGCUCAGAAACCCUCCAAACCCAUUGGUACUGAGUUUGUGCGUCCGGUCGUUGGAUACUUCUGCAACCUCUGCCAGCUGAUCUACGCCGACGAGGACGAGGCCAAACAGGAGCACUGCCGCACGCCGGAGCACUACCGCCGCUACCAGGAGAAGACGGGGAAAGACCCGUGGGCGAGCUGAUCCCAGCUGAAGCCGCAGCGCAGAACGUUUAAGAUGAUCAAUAAAGAUCAGUUUGGAAAACUGACUUGUUAAUAUGAAACUUCAGAAUUCAGUUUGAAUGUCUUUUUUUUUAAAACUGUUAAACACUUUGAUGCUUGAACAGAGAACAAUUAAAAUCAUCUUUAA